AUGGGCGCCGUCCAGAGUGAUCUCAAGUCAAACAUCGUCCAGGCCUCGUCUGGUGAUGUCGCUAUUCCCUCCACUCUGACCGACUUUUGGCAAACCUUCUGGCAGAGACCAGAAACAGCCGAACAUGUCUUCGAGACCAUCACUCCGUCCGAUCUCCGCACCAUGCGCGACAACCCCAAUUCUUUCAAAAACUUCGAGACCCUAAUACUGACCCUUUCACUCCAUCUGAUCGACCUGCGCUGGUCCGAAGACUCUCUCUUCGAAAGAGAUGCCAAUGCUUUCAUCCGCGAGGCCCUAAACUGCGUCCGGACUCUCACACGAGUCCUUCCCUUCGUCUACGAGUGUGACCGCCUGUGUGCCUGGGAGCAAUCUUUCUUCUGGGAACCUUCAGACAGAGUUCCUCCUCCCACCAUUACUCGCAACAUCUCUGGCGAAUCAACUACCGCCGAGAACCUGGUCCAUUCUGGAGCAAGUUCACGUCCUGAACCCUCUACAUGCCUUGGUGUUGAGCUGAUCGAUGCUCUUCUGGAUUUGGCCUUCUGGUCGGGCUUCACACUUCCGAUCAACAUGAACGGCAAAAAUGGCCCUACCUAUGGCUUCUGGCAGAGCGGAAUUGCUUACGAGCGACGCUUGGAGACAAGUAAAGAGUUCGAGAGCAGGAGGACAGAAAUCAUGCAGCUUCUCUUAGUCUUGGAGAGCAAGUGCAUCUACAAACCCGCAAACGCCUUCACCACUUUUGGUAGUGAGGCCGUCGACUUCAUCUCCAACCACCGCGAUCGUAAAAAGGUCCAAUACCUGUUGUGUUCGUUGCUGAACACCGUCUUGAAAUAUCAGCCCGACGCGCGUUAUCUGUCUCCCUCGCCCAGAGAGGUCCACGAAACUCAUGUCCGGACUUGUCUGCAUUUCCUACAGGUCAACUUAUUGAAUAGGUCACCUUGGAGUGAGGGCUCCGCUCCACCUGACAACCGUUUCCGUGACCUAUUCUCUCACCUACACAAGGCUACCCAUCUCCAAUUCCUAGCCGAUGGUAUCCUCAAGAUUCUGCGCCAACCACUUGAAGCAAACAGUAAUGGAUUGAACAUUGUACAGAGGCCGCUUGUCUGGGCGCAUGAGAUCAUUCCACUCCUGUGGGAGUCUCUUUACUCAAACAAGUACUUUCGCGCCUUCAUCUGCGAGACCGGUCGCCAGUUUGAACUUACUGUAUUCCUCUUGUUCUACAUUUUGGACCCGAACAAGAAUGUAGAAGGAGUCAAACGGGUGAGUCUGUUGUGCGUGCAGACAAUGAGCGAGAAUCCCGAAUGUGCCAUUUCCUUGAACAAGCAGUUCGAAGGACAUGACAAUCUCCCUUCGUUCAUGCAGAUCAAGAAUUUCCACGGAUCGUAUGCCGACUAUCUGUUCACCUGGUUGCUCACUCUUCUGAAACCUAAGAAGAAUGGCCAUUUGGACGCGAUGGCUGCUGCCUUGGUCGGGAUAAUUGUUAACGUUUCUCCGUACAUAUCUCACCUCGGCCGGGCGACUAGUCUAAAACUUAUCCAGCUGGUGGACCUAUACACACGAAACUCUUUGUCUACUAGUGUUGAGGUGAAUGCCAUGGUUCUCACUCAUAUGGUUCGCGCCGUCAACUCGAUGCUGGAAGAACACAAACCUGGAACCGAGAAUGAAAACCUGCUCUGGGCGAUAUGGAAGUACGGAACCACAUUCGAGCAUUUGGCAGAUCUCAGGAUGGAGGUCGACCCGAGCUUCAAACAAGUGGUCGAGCAGAUUCGUGAAUCUGGCAUCACAGAGCCUACUGUGUGCCCAGAUGGCACAGUAUUGCAUCCCUUGGUCGCAGCUAGUGAUAUUGCCAACAUGGACAAGGACAAAGCACCUAGACCACGUCUUGGAAGAGGACGUACAUGGUUGGAGCUCCGUGACAUCUACAACCCGGCGACAUCUCCAGUAGUGCCCCCAGUGGAUGAUGUGCCACCACCCAGUGGCGAUGGUGCAGAUGAGAAACAGCCUUCAGUGUCUUCGAGGGCCAUGGGCAAGCAACCCGAGAAGAGCAAAGACUCUGCAGAUUUUGAAGAAGAAAGAGCCAGAGCACUGACCUCACCAUCAACAGAUAUGGAAAUAGUCCGAACAUGGCUUCCUCAAAUGCCCCUCCUGACGACUCUCUCGCUGUUCUUGGCGCUACAAGCGUGGACUGCAAAACUGUUGGAAGAGAGAGGCAUGGAGAGCAGCCAAGAAGCUGUAGACGGGUUAGGCAUGGACGAAGUGCUGCAGCCAGUACGAAACAUGGGCCGCAUCUGUGUUGAAACGACAACUCGCAACAUCCAUACAUUCCCCAUGACGGCACCCUUCUCGGAGGCAUACGCAGCGUUCUAUUGGGGUCUCGUAAUUUCGCAAGACUUGCAGCAUGCAUCAACAUCCGGAAGCGGUAUCUGGAGCAGCACCAACGUCAAGUUGUUCAAAAUCCGGGCAGGUGAAGUGGUGCCACCCAGCCUGUUGAGCCCAAAAGGAGCAGUGGAUGCUCUUGGAGAGAGCUUGGUAAGUGGCGUACAAAAUCUGGCGUUGAAGUUCCGGCAGCAGCUGAAUGGCGGCCCUGAAGCAUGA